AUGUCAAGAGUGGUUCAUGAUAGAUUGGAAGUUGUGCUACCUCAGUUGAUAUCUAUUAAUCAAGCAGGUUUUGUACAAGGGAGAAGCAUUAUUGAGAAUGUGCUAUUGGCACAAGAAAUAGUGACAGACAUCAGAAAAAGGGGCAAACCAGCAAAUGUAGUGAUCAAAUUGGACAUGGCAAAAGCCUAUGAUAGAGUAUCUUGGUCAUAUUUGAUAAAAGAGGUGUUAUCAAGAGCUCUAAAUGCAGAAUUUGACAAUGCUGAAUAUGUGGGCUAUGACAUGCAUAAAUGGAGUAAAAAUAUCAAUCAUCUGGCUUAUGCAGAUGAUACUAUAAUAUUUGCAUCUGCAGAAGGGGAGUCAUUGAAGAGAAUUAUGAAGAUACUGCAGGAUUAUGAGGCAAUUUCAGGUCAACUGAUCAAUAAAGGCAAGAGUUCCUUUUAUAUGCAUCUUAAUAUUUCUGGUGCACUGUCUCAGCAGGUGGAGCAGAUUACAGGCUUUAAAAGGGAUCAAUUUCCAUUAAAAUACUUGGGAUGCCCUAUAUUUCAUUCAAGGAGGAAAAAGGUAUAUUACAGUGACCUAAUCAAGAAGGUGAAAACAAGCUGCAAAAUUGGAAAGGAAAAUUGCACUCUUUUGGUGGAAAAGCAGUUCUUAUCAAUUGUGAGUACUAAGGAAGAAGGUAAAAGCAGGCACUGGUCUUCUUGGGACAAGGUUUGUUUACAAAAUGAAGAAGGAGGAUUAGGAUUCAGAUCUCUAGAUGAUAAGAAGAAGCCUACAGAAGUGCAGUGGAAAGGUGGAUCACAAGUGUGGAAAAAAAUGAUAGAAGCAAGGGAUCAAGUGGAUCAACAGAUAUGGUGGGAACCUAGAAAUGGAGCAUGUGAUGUAUGGGAAGAUAAUUGGACUAAACUUGGUUCACUCAAAUAG